CUCUUCUAAUAAUUUCAGUUCUUAAAAAUGUAGUUCUGAAACGGCUCUCAGUCUCGUGUCUGCUAGUUAAAAUAGAACCUAGUGUCAAUUCAUUCGGAUGCUCAUUUGGCAAAUAUUAAUAAUCUAGUGGUUGAGAGCAGAGGAAAUGUUCCUAUAUUGGCUGUGUGACCUCAGGCCGAUGGCUUGGCCUCUCGGAUCCUCAGUUCUUUCAUCUGUAAAGCGGCAGGAAUAGUAGGACCUACUGCAUCAGUGAAAUAGUCCCCAUAAGACUUAGCGAGGUGCCUGGCACAUGGCACGCCCUUCGUGGAGGUUCGCUGUGUUCUCUCACCUCUGUAAAGGGUUCGGGAAGGAUGUGUCUAGGUGGGUAGUGAUGCUAUAUUCCAUCAGCCAACAGCCCUGCGCCGCAGAGGAGGCGCGUCAUAGGGGAGGCCCAGAGAAGUUAGGGGGCUUGUCCAAGGUCGCAAGCUAAUGGUAAAUGGUAGAGCUAGAAAACUGGUUCCUAGGACCCAGCUCUUUCCAUGCAGUGCCCUUGCAGGGGACCGCAGGGGAGAUUAAGCUACUGUUUCUAGGCGCUUGCUAAUGGGAUUCCUUUAAUCAUUUAAUCAUUAGCACCUUUCCCAUGGGAGCCAGGGCUCUUGUAACUUCUCUGUGCUGCUCCUCAAAUUCUUGGGGAGAGCAGCAUUUUUGGGGGGACCUCACAGACCUCCAGCAGCUUGGGGUGGCUCCAGUCCGAGCGUUUUCUGAGAAUGUCUUUGGAGGAAUCUUGUUGCUCUUCGUGGCGCUCUAGUUUAGAAGCCCCCGUCUAGAACAAGCAUCUGGGGAAGACUGCAUAUUUCUGCGUCCCCUUGAGAGAGAACUACUGAACUACUGUGGUUUCUGAGUCUCUGUAGGGCCAGUGGAAAAGGCUCUAGAAGGAUCUGGAAGUUGAGAUUCUUCUGAAGAGUUGCUUUUGAAUAAUGGAAUCCUCAGAGUCUUGCAAAACAAAUACUGGAGGUGAGUUCCUGGCCGGUUUUAUGUGUUAGUUUUUCCUUUUGUAAAAUGGAGUUGGUGAUGUAAUAGUUGCUUGUUGCUUCAGUUCAGUAGACGAGUGUGUGUGUGUGUGUGUGUGUGUGUGUGUGUGUGUGUGUGUGUUGGUUCCUGCAACUGGCCUCGCUCAAGACACAGAGGAAGGCCGGGUAGGAAGCCUGUCCUUGGAUCUCGGAGGCCUCAGGAGAUAAAGCCUAGGCGAGGGAUGGAGUGACUGGAUCAGAGAGUCCCUGGCAGCUGUGGCCGGGAGCCAGCCGGGGAGGAUGGGCCGAGCCUGGGUUUCUGCACCCCUGGGGCUCUGCAGCACACAGUAAGAGGAGGAGGUGGAGGACACACAGGCCUCAGACUGCUGGCCUGUCUGUCCCCAGGUCCAGCCCCGGUGGGUGGCUGAGAGGUGGGGCGUGGUCUUGAGAGUGGACACGAAGGGAGAAGUAAGUAUGACCAGCUGUCCAUGCCUUGCCCAAGACUGAGAGGUUUCCGGCGGCUCAGGACUUUCAGGGCUAAAACCUGGAAAGUGUCUGGCAAGCCAGGACACAUUGGUCCUGCUAGGUCAGAGCCAUGUCACUUUGACCAUGGAGUUGGGUGGAUGGUGCGAGGGGGCUUGUCUCUUCCACCUGAGCCUCAGUGCUCCCCCAGACUCAACUGCUCCUCCCAGUGCUCCCAGAGUCCCCUGUGCCCCUGCCUGUCCCCCACAAGUCUGCAAAGGCAGAAACUUCCCUUGCAUCAGGGCCAACCCCUGCCCGCCCCAGGCCAGGGAGUGUUCAGUAAAUGCCGCUGGAUGAGCGGGGGAGGCUGGAGGGUCUCCCCCUUCAUGGCUCCCUCGCUGGUGACAAAUUACUCAGAUGCUGACUCACGCUUUUCCGCUCUGCACGCCUCGUUCCCUCUCCCACGUGCCCGUCCCUGCCCUGGGCGCCUCCCCCACUGUCCUUGCAGCUCCAGAGGCCCCUGCCCUGUGGCUGCUCCCUUGUCCUACCUGCCAGCAGUUUCUCCCACUGCCCCCGCUGCUGUGUCCCCUGUGAACAGACACUCAACCCCCCACUGGGCUGGGCUGUUUUUGCAUCUUUCUCCCUGUGCACCGUGAGCUCUCAAGCUGACUGUCUCCUCUGCUGUAACGUGUCUUCAAAGAGCGCAUGGAGCUGAACACAUGGGGCCGAGAGUCAUUCAUUCGCUCACUCACUGACUCCUCGGAGGGCCUCCUGUGUGCCAGGCACCGUCCUGGGCAGUGGGUUGGGAGUAAAGACCGGCAAAGCCUUUGCUCUGGUGGAACUUACAUUCUAGAAGGAUCUAGAGUCAUCUAGAUUCAACAAGCAAAAAAAUAAGUAAACAGCAGUGUACCAGAAGGAUGCGUGUGCUCGGAAGAAACCACGGGGAGAAGGUGAAUGCCCUCAGGUCUGCUGAUUGAACAGAAGCCGCCACUGGGGAUAGCUCCAGCGAAGCUGCGUGAAGUGAAUACAUGGAAUUUGGGGAGCGGGCAGGAGCCCCUCACUCUGUCCUCCGAAGGGAGGAAGCCCGCUCUGCUGUUCUGAAACGGAAGUGACUGACGCAGCUGAGCCCCCACAGGUGCCAUGACUCAGCAGCCCCAGGAGGGCUUCGACAGGAGCGUGGAGGACGCCCAGGCGUGGAUGAAGGCCGUGCAGGAGCGGCUGCAGGUCAGCGACAACACCCAGGGGCCCCGUGCGGCCCUGGAGGCCAGGCUCCGGGAGACAGAGAAAAUAUGCCAGCUGGAGCCCGAGGGGCGGGUGAAGGUGGACCUGGUGCUGCGGGCGGCCGAAGCCCUGCUGGCGUGCUGCCCCAGGGACCAGAGGCCCGAGAUCCUGGCCCGGCUGAAGGACAUCAAGGCCCAGUGGGAGGAAACGGUCACCUACAUGACUCACUGUCACAGCCGCAUCGAGUGGGUGUGGCUGCACUGGAGCGAGUACCUGCUGGCCCGAGAUGAGUUCUACCGCUGGUUCCAGAAGAUGACGGUCACGCUGGAGCCCCCCGUGGAGCUGCAGCUGGGCCUGAAGGAGAAGCAGUGGCAGCUGAGCCACGCCCAGGUGCUGCUGCACAACGUGGACAGCCAGGCCGUGCUCCUGGACCGGCUGCUGGAGGAGGCGGCCUCCCUGUUCAACAGGAUCGGGGACCCCAGCGUGGACGAGGACGCCCAGAAGAGGAUGAAGGCCGAGUACGACGCAGUGAAGGCCAAAGCCCAGGACCGGGUGGCCCUGCUGGAGCGGGUGGCCCGGGAGCACGAGCAGUACCGGGCGAGCGUGGACGAGUUCCAGCUGUGGCUGAAGGCCGUGGUGGAGAAGGUGGACGGCUGCCUGGGGCGGAGCUGCGAGCUGCCCACCCCGCACCGCCUCUCCGCGCUGCAGGACAUCGCCAAAGAGUUCCCCCGCGGUGCCGCGUCUCUGGGGCGGCUGGAGCAGCAGGCCGUGGGGGUCAUCCAGAACUCCUCCCCUCUGGGCGCGGAGAAGAUCACGGGGGAGCUGGAGGAGAUGAGGGAGGUCCUGCGGAAGCUGCGCGUGCUCGGGGAGCAGGAGGAGGCGCGGCUGCGGGGCCUGCUGGAGUCCCGGGGCGCCUGUGAGCAGCAGGUCCGGCGGCUGGAGGCCGAGCUGGGCGAGUUCGGGGAGGGCCUGCGGAGGCUGGCGCGGGAGGGCCUGGAGCCCACGGCGAAGGCGGGGACGGAGGACGAGCUGGUGGCCCGCUGGAGGCUCUACUCGGGGACGCGGGCGGCGCUGGCCGCAGAAGAGCCCCGGGUGCACUGGCUGCAGGCCCAGCUGACGGAGGUCAUUGGCUUCCCCCACGACCUGCAGCCGCUCUCCGACAGCGUGGUUGCCGCCAUCCAGGAGUAUCAGAGCCUGAAGGGCAAGAGCACCAGGCUGCGCAACGCCGCAGAGACAGAGCUGUGGCAGCGUUUCCAGCGGCCUCUGCAGGGUCUGCAGGCGUGGAAGGCCCUGGCCCAGCGGCUCCUGGAGGUCACCACCAGCCUGCCCGACCUGCCUUCCCUCCACACCUUCCUGCCCCAGAUCGAGGCGGCGCUGGCGGAAAGCUCCCGCCUCAAGGAGCAGCUGACCAUGCUGCAGCUGAAGACAGACCUGCUGGUCAGCGUCUUCGGCCAGGAGAGAGCCGCAGCGCUCCUGGAGCAAGUGGCAGGUUCCGUGAGGGACAGAGACCUGCUACAUAACAGCCUUCUGCAGCGGAAAAGCAAACUGCAGAGCCUGCUCGCCCAGCACAAAGACUUCGGAGCUGCUUUUGAGCCCCUGCAGAGAAAGCUCUUAGACCUCCAAGUCAGGGUCCACGCUGAGAACGGGCCGCAGCGCGACCUUCCUGGAAAACAGGCCCAGCUCUCGAGGUUGCAGGGGCUGCAGGAAGAGGGGCUGGACCUGCGGGCACAGAUGGAGGCUCUGAAGCCUCUCGCCCAGGGGAAUCCCAACCACCAGCACAGAAUGGACCAGCUCUCCUCCGACUACCAGGCCCUGCAGAGGGCUCUGGAGGACCUCGUGGACAGGUGUCAGCAGAGCGUGCGGGCGCACUGCACCUUCGCCCACCAGCUGCUGGAGCUGCGGCGGUGGAUUGCUGGGGCCACGCAGAGGCUGGAGUCACACCGGGGGGACUCCGGCCCACGGGAUGUCCAGUCCCGAGAGCUCGAGGUGGAGAGGCUGGUGGCGGAAUUCCCGGAGAAGGAGGCCCAGCUGCCCCUCGUUGAAGCGCACGGCCGGCUGGUGAUGGAGCAGUCCUCCCCGGAGGGGGCCGCCGCGGUGCAGGAGGAGCUCAGGGAGCUGGCGGAGGCCUGGCGGGCCCUGCGGCUGCUGGAGGAAAGGCUGCGGAGCCUCGUCAGAAACUGGCAGCUGCAUCGGACAGAAGUGGAUUCGGGGAAGAAAAUGGUUUUCACCAACAACAUCCCAAAGUCUGGGUUUCUCAUCGACCCUGCAGAUCCUAUUCCCAGGCAUCGUCACCAGGCAAACCUGCUCCAGGAGGACGAAGCCAGCCAUGAAGACUUCGCCCAGCUCCUGAGCAACUUCGAGCAAUGGCUGCAGGUGGAAAAUUCCAAGCUGGUUAGAAUCAUCGCCAUGAAAACCGCCACAGCCAGGGACUUGAGGACCAGAGAAAGGAAGCUGCAGGAGCUGGAGGCUCGGGUACCAGAAGGUCAGCAUCUCUUUGAGAACCUCCUUCGUCUUGGGCCAGCAAGGGGGACCUCGGAUCAGCUGGAAGAUCUGCGCUACCGGUGGAUGCUGUACAAGUCCAAGCUGAAGGACUCCAGCUCCCUGCUGACACAGAGUUCUCCAGGGGAGCCGACUGGAUUCCAAAAGGCUCGGCGGCGAGGCCCCGGCUCCCUCCUGCGGAAGGCAUGCCGCACGGCGCUGCCGCUGCAGGCGCUGCUGCUGCUGUUCCUGCUGCUGCUGCUACUGCUGCCCGUCGGGGAGGAGCGCCGCCGCUGCGGCCUGGCCAACAACCUCGCCCGCUCCUUCACGCUCACGCUGCGCCACCACGGCCCCCCGCCCACCUAGCCCGCCGCUGGGGCGCCCAGGUGUUUGGAAACCGCGCCGCAAGGCCCGUUCUCUGCAGGUGGCACUUUACUGGACAUC